AUGUCGCGAUCUUCCUCUGACACGAGCUGUGAUUUACCUUAUGAUGCUUUUCGAACGGAUGAAGGCUCGACACGGAGCAGAUUACCUGAUCUUUGGGUAGAGAACCGCGGCGAUGGCAUCAUCAACAGGAUCAGGGAUGCAAAGCCAAAGGCUUGGAGUCCUACCUUUAGUUCGCCCUUUUCAUCCGUAAACCAUGCUCCAUCUAUCUGGAGCGAUGAAGAGGCAACAACUACCAACUGUCGUAAGCGAUAUAUUACUCUCACCGACCUCCCCACGGAACUUCUCAUCAGCAUCUACGGCUUCUCACUCAACCCUUCUCUGCGCUUGACAUGUCAUAAUCUCUGGGCGUGCCUUGAUAGUGAAUCUGCCCGGCUUUGGUUUUGCAUCAACGCCUUCUCUCCGACAGUCAAACGCGAGAUUGGUUUCCAACCAGCAGUCCGCCUUCAAAAAGAUCUGCUCAAUCAAAGCUGGUUCGCGGACCAUUUCACGAAGAAGAUGGAGAAGGCUGUGGACAGUAGCCUGAGUGUGCUGGAUGAUGGGCCAGCCUUCAAGAUCAUCGAUGAUGUACCUAUCCCAUCGAGAUUGUUGAAGGGACAAUGGACGGAUGAGAGGAUCAACCUGUUUGAGCGACUGCUUUUGUGGGGAUCCUAUGUCAUUGACACGCCACCGCUAUGUCACAAAUUGCCCGCGAAGUUAUUGACGGAAGCUAUCCGCCAGAGCAGCUCUCGGGGUGUAAGGCUGUGCCGGGAAUGGCUAGGAGUAAGGUUCGUGCAUGCGAUGUUUGUAGCUGCGAUUCGAUCUAGGAGCAGAGAAGAUGUUGUGGAGGAGAUUGUAGUAGAUCAUUUCACGCGGCCUGUGGGAUUCAUUGAUUGGCAAGACGAUGAGUUGGUGUGCCGGGCACUUGAUUUUGAGGAUUCUGCUCAUCCAACGGCGCGAUGGUACUUUGAUGUACUGUGCACGAAAGGAGCAUCAAUCUGGAGCAAGUAUCAGUCUGAAUUGAAGCAGCAGAACUCCAAUUGA